AUGCUCAUUGAGAUGUCAUUUGUGAUGGAAGAGAAAUACCUUGUCUGGGCUGUCUUCGUAGUAGCAGUGACAGCAGGAACAAUAUUGGCUAUUUUGAAGUUGAGAAAAUUGUCAACCAUACAAGAUGAGUCAAAACAACAAAAAUUAUAUUGGCUUAUCAACCAAAUUUAUUGGGUGUCGGUAAUAACUGGGUACAAGUUGACUCAGUAUAUUACCGACACUAACCCCAGCUCCGAAGGGGGCUGGAAAAGAAUUAUGGAGUGGGUAGCUGUAAUGUGUGGUAUAUUACUAGCACCUAAAAUUGUCCAGUCAGAGUUUUCAAUGAAAGUUUUUGCAUAUUGCCUUUGUGGAUGCGCAGUACUAACUACAUUAUUGAUAGGAUUUCUCGUAGAGGAUGGUGGAAACACAAGGAGACUUUUAUAUAUGAAUUGUGGAUUAGCAAUUGGGGGUUUACUUUGCGAAACGAAGCUUACUAAAAAGAGAAAGGAGAAGUAUGUGAUUUUUUGGAUCUGCUAUGGGAUAGUUUCAGCUGUUAUGCUAAUAGUGGCACUCCUUUUGGAUCCUAAAGAUGAACCGAGAGGGAAUGUUCUAACUUACUUUGCGUUUGCUGGUUUAGGUACGAUUAUGGGGACGUUAAUACGUAGUUAG